AUGCGGUACCUUUUGACGACCCAGAGCCAGAACUGCUACAGAGAGCAGAUCAAGAAGGAGAUGUUGACCCGUCUGGCCUGGAAGAGACGCUAUGCUGAUCUUUAUCCCUCCUGCAAUGAACACCCACGCACCAGAACAGGAAAAACACAGCUUCCACAUCUACCUGCAGAAGAGAGGUGAGCUGACGUUUCAUGUGUCGGUUGAAUUUGAUCCAUUUACAAAAAAAGAGAUUUUUCUUUUUUUUUCUGGAUAAAUCGCUCCAGAAAGUUUUAUUGGAGAUGAAGGUAAACCUUAAAGAUGUUGAUCAGUGUUAUAUUUCUUUUUGAUUACAAAAUAACAAAUGUCAGUUUAUUGAAUCCUCAUUUUUGUUAAAUCCUGUAAAUACGUGACUCUUCAUAUUAAAACUGACUAAUAUUCUUUUAAAACAUCAGACUUGUGCUCCCUGCUGUAUCCAGAACACCAGAGAAGAUGAGCGAUCCUCCACCUCCUCCUCCUCCUGUCGUCCCCUCAGAGGAGGAACAGCGGCUCAGCGCUCCCCCCCUGAUGAGACCAGUUUCUCCAAAGUCCAGAAACACUCUCUAUCAGGACUCCUCCCACCAUGUGUGAACCUCUGAUUUUAACUGUCCUGCUCUUUUUCUUCUCACGAUUUACAUCAUUAAAAAAUAGUCAUUGCUUCAUACUUCCAAACUUCUGUCCACAUACAGAACAUUAAUGAUGUUUUAAAUAAAUAUCUCUUACAGGGGAAAGGACGCCGUCUGUACCUGCAGAGACGAGGACAGAUCAAACCUGAGGAGAGGUUUGACUUCCCUGUCCUCUCGUCCUGGGAGUACGGGUGGAGGCUGGGUAAGAUCAGGACACUGUAGUUAUAAUCUCCAUCUGUUAGACCACAAACUCGAAUUUUUCCUCACAGCAUGGAGUUCUAUAAGGGGAAAAUACAAAUAUUUCCUUUUUUUAAUGUUAGUUUUAUGAUGUUGCAUGAAAAAUAAAAAGUUUGACUUAUGAUCUGUGUGGAACUGAAAAAGAUGGCAAAAGAGUUUGUCCUUUUAAGACCUCCUGACAACCUCCAUGAUACGCCAACUCUACUAAUCGAAAUUCAUAAUAACUCAUAAAAAACUGUCCGAGUCAGGGCAACUCACGAGGGUUGGGUGUGAGUCGAUGUGAGCACACUUGUCCUGCAUCCCAAAGUAUUCUGUUGACAUGUUCUCGGUCCUUCAGCUCAGUCUUUAAUCGAACCAGAAGUAGUUUUGGGUCUGUCUUCUCAGGGAGCAUCCUGAAGCUCUGGACGCUGAGGAGAGAGAAGGGAAAUCAGAUGGUUGAUGAUUUAAGUGAAAAUAGAGAAAACUUCACAGAGAUCAAAGUCUAAUCACAUCAAACACUUGUUACAUCUAUGUUCAUUUUAAUUGAGUUGAGGACUUGAGCACAAACCAGUCUUACAAUAACUAGAUGUCAACAUGUUCUGUGUGAUAAAUUUCUACAGUUUGUCCACAGCUCCAUAAGCUUUGCUGGAGGAGGCGGGAUUUAUGACCUGUACUGCAGCCUGCCAACAGAGGGUGCUGUUCUCCCAGCAAGGAGGCAGACUCUGUCCAUUCUUUAUACAGUCUAUGGUCCAUUCCCAUGUCUACUUCUGUAAAACUUGUCACCUUAAAAAUUUCUUUGAACAUGAUAAUAUGUUAUUUUAAAAAUCCUCCUUACGAUUGAUUCGAGAAAUGAGUCAUUCAGAUCGAAAUUGACUCUUUUGACUCUUGGAGGAAACUCUUUUAGAGAUCUUUAUAUCUGUCCAAAUUUGACUUUUUUAUGAGUCUAGUGUUUCUGUAGCUGUUUUAAACCAGACUUGGUCUGAAUUUAUUGGAGCCAGCCUCCUUCCUGCAUGUUUUACAGAGCAGCUCUUUUCUCUCCACAUUGACAUUUUCUCCCUGUAUUCACAGGUGACUACACUCUCAAUUACAAGACUCCGUCCCGAGCCAAGUUCUCUGUAGUGAAGAACACUUUCUACGCCAGGAACGGGGUUUUCAGCAGCCCCACAGCCACAGACAUGCUGGGCUGA